AUGCUUUUCAAUGCAGCGGGACUUGGCGUACUCUCUGUUCAGCUUUGCAUUUACUAUCUUUCAUUCCCACAAGAUUCCGUUCGAUUUAAAACGCUUGUUUACACCGUUUAUAUGGCGGAACUGGCUCAGACAGUGCUCUUAUGCAAUUCUUUGUUCCGUUCAUUCGUAUAUGGGUUCUUUGAGCACAGUAUUCUAGAUCGAAUCGGAGACCUUUGGUUUUCCAUCCCAGUAUUGGGAGGCAUAGUUUCCUUUCUGGUCCAAGUAUUUUAUGCUUAUAGAAUCGUUGCGUUGGGAAGUAUACGGCGGAAUGCAGGGGUCAAAAUUGUGGCAACAAUUGUAACCAUGUUUGCAAUCAUUCAACUGGGAGGAGGUUUGGCCCUUGGCAUACUUCUGAAGGAAGCUGUCACCUUUAGCCGCAUUAAGAACACCAAAGUCCGAGUUUCCGCAGCGGCAUGGUACGCAGGGGAAGCAAUUGGCGAUAUCCUGAUUGCAAUUUUUAUGACUCUUAUUCUUCUUCGAACAGGUAGUGAAGGCACCAAGAGUACCAGAAAGCUUACUCGAAAACUCAUACGAUUGACGAUUGAGACUGGGACGUUGACCGCAACAAUGGCAAUAGUCACCAUCAUUCUCGUCAUGUUUGGCGGCUCGUACUACCAAGUGACCGCUGGCGUCGUUUCUAAAUUAUACUCCAACACCUUGCUCGCUUCAUUGAACGGAAGAACAGAGGCGGCAAUAGGAUUGCAGGAUGAUUGCUAUGAUGCAGGUCCUAAUAGCAUGUCCAUAUCUUUCGAACUUCCGACGAUUUAUCAAUCGGCCGUCGGAAAUGGAAUUGACAUGGACUGCGAUGACAAUAGAGCUCCAACGCGGAGUGCAGCACCGAAACUUAAAAGAAAAGUAAAAUAG